CUCUGAAAUGGCGGAAGGAGACAGCAUUUUCUCCAAAAUCAUUCGUAGAGAGAUUCCUUCUGAAUUCCUUUACGAGGAUGAACAAGUAUGUUAUUCUCAUUUAGCUCGUUAACUUAAAUCAUUUAAGAUUUGCGACUCAACAAUAUUAUCAACAAUUUUGCUCUUUAAUGAGGUGAAAAAACUCAAGCAAGGUCCGUAGGUUGUUCAUUUCACAUUUGAAUUAAGCCUAGAGUAGUUUCAGUUUCAUUUUCUGCAUUUUUAAUGUAUGAUUUUUAAUUUGGUGCAUCUGCAUCUCCAUCCGUUACAAGCAAGCCAAUCCACUCUUCUUUUCCCGUAAAUUCCUCCAUGUUUAACUGCUAACUGCUAUGUUGGAGUUUUGAGCCAGAAAUCAUGUGCAAGUGAAAACCCAUGGGUUAAUCCGGGAUUGGCAAAAAUACCCGUCCCCCAGGUCGCAAAAAGGUGCUAAUGCCCCACCCCCAGGACUGAUAAGGCAUGUAAAUCCCCCACAUUUGCCUGUGGGGGAUGGGUGCAGCAAUUGACUGAUGGAUAACAGCUUGAAAUGGUUAUGAUUCCAGUGUGUUGCCAUAAAGGACAUUAAUCCUCAGGCACCUGUACACUUCCUUGUCAUUCCAAAGAAGCCAAUUCCCCAGCUGUCAAAAGCAGAUGAUGCUGAUGAGCAGGUGAGGAUAGUAAGGGAAGGUUAAAUGGACUGAAAUUUAAAAUGGUGAUACCGUGUGGCACAGAAUUUUUGCGGGUUCUUAUUUUUGUGAUAUUUGCAAUUAUUACAGUGAUCCGCAAAAACAAGUUCCCACAAAUAAAAAUUACCAAACAUUUUUCCUGAAAAAAUUUACUCCUGAGUAAAUAUUCUCUAACAAAAAUACACUACUAAGAAAUUGUGUCUGGUCAAUUACAACUUUCCUCUUUCAUUCAUUCAGAAACAAAACAGUAUAUAAUGUUCUUUUACAUAGGGUACGCAUAUUGUAGUAUUGUAUUUCUAUUGCACCUACUUAACAAAAACAAAAAUAUUAUCAAUGCUUAGUGCUGGGUAACAGUACUUUCUAAAAAUCACAAAAAUUAAUUCAUAGCAAGAAAAAACAAUCUGUCUUUAUUAUUAGUUCUUGCAAAACACAAAAAAUCGCCAAUCCGCAAAAAUAUAAUCCUGCAAAAAUUUUGUGCCACGUGGUAAUCUCCUUGCAACCAACAGGUUCUUGGGUCACAUGAUCUGUACUACAGCCACUCACAACCUUCUGUGUGAAACCACAUCCCCUGUGGCACUCAAGGAAAAGAUAGCCAGUAACUAUUAUGGGGUAAAUAGAACUGAAAAUUAUGCCUUCUUCAUAUGUGAAGAAACAAGAAAAACAUGAUAACCAGCAUCACGCACUUCCAGAAAAUUCUGGAUGUUUUGUGACCAGAAAACAGCUUGACAAGCUUCUAUGAGUAUUCUUAUUAUUGAUUUAUCAUUAUCAUUACUUCAUUAUGAUGAACGUUUUUUAAAACACAAACUUUUGAUUCCACUGGGACUAUCUGAACAACCGGGAUAAUCAGGAAAACUGGGAUAACCAGGACAACUGGGAUGACCAGGAUGACUGGGACAACUAAGACAACUGGGUUAACCAAGACAAACCGGGACAACCGGGAUAACUGGGACCACUGGAACAACUGAGACAACUUGGACAACCAAUUAAAGACAACCAGGACACCCACAACUGGGACAUCUGGGAUAACUGGGAAGACUAUUAUAGCAAGUGCAUCAACAACAGUGGUGGGGGAUCAUCUAAAGUUAGGGGUGGUGAAUGGUACCUCAAAAAACGUGGCUCUCGGAAAAUUUUAACAGGAUCUCGAAAUCUCGGAAGCGUUUUUAAUAACUCUCGAAGCCUCGUUUUUGCAUGGUUUGUUUUUUUCCAAGCCCGAGUCUCGGGCUCGGAUAUCUAGCUAGGGUCUCGGCGUCUGGGCGAGUCUCAGAUUUUCCUCUUCAAUCCUCACAAUGGAGGAGUUAGGAAGGCCACCAAAAUAUUAUUUUGUCAGGCUACAACAUUGAACAGAGAUGCUGGUUACGAGGUCCUUGUGAUCUAUAGAAACGUUUUGUCACAUGAUUAAUUAAAUGGCAGUGUAAAUCACAUGACAAAAUGCCUAAAUCCAUCCCUUCAUAAAGAUUCCCUGAUGGAGUCGAAAGCUUGUGUUUAAAAAUGUUUUUUCCUGUCCUGUAAAUUGAAACGUCAUUUAUCACUGUGACAGGAUUUAGUGAGUCUUUUUUUGCUAAGACAUUAUCAUUAUUUAUUAUAAUUAUUACUGUUAUUAUUAUUAUUAUUAUAUUAUUAUUAUUAUUAUUAUAUUAUUAUUAUUAUUAUAUUAUUAUUAUUAUUCUAGGGGGUGGGAGGGGUAAAUCCUUGCAAGUUACAUGACUGUUGUGAUAUUUCACAUACCAACCUAGAUUGUUCAGUCCCCUUUUUUUCCAUAAGAUCAAGGUUGAGCACUUUGCAUUAGGGGUGGCCAUCAUCAGCUAUCUUCGCUACCUAGCCUGUCGAUGAGUGUCUAAUUGCUUGGUACAUGUGAAAUCAAGAUGGCUACCCCAAAUGGUAAGUGCUUGAUCCUGACAAUCUUAUGAAAAGAUAGGAAUAUAUCUAAUACCGACCCAGCUCUCUACUGCUACUGGCAUUUAUGACUGUCUGGAAGCAAGAAAACAAGAGAGUUUGCAAGAUCAAAUUUCAUUUUCAAUAUUCUAUCUCAGUUACUAGGCCAUCUACUGUUAGUUGCCAAAAAAGUUGCAGCUGAACAGAACCUGACCAAAGGGUUUCGCAUAGUGAUUAAUGAUGGCCGUGAGGGAGGACAGGAGGUGUACCAUAUCCAUGUUCAUGUUUUGGGUGGACGCCAAUUGACCUGGCCCCCAGGUUAG